CCUGGGUGCUUGGAAAUGAGCUCAGCGAAUGGUGAAAAGGCAUUGCAUAUCAUUGGACACCCUCUGAUUCUAUGUGCCCCGGCAACUCCAAAGCCACCCAGGAAGCCAUCAGGUGACCUUGACCUGGCAGAUUUCUUUGAUACCCUCCCAGAGACAACAACCAAGCCAGCAAAGACCACUGCUAAGCCCCCAAAGAAGUCAGAAGACAUCAGUUUAUGGGAUGCCAUCCGCACCACCACCACCAAGCAGCCGAAAACCACAAAGGCCCCACCCAAAAAGCCUCCAGCAAAGGAUCCUAUGGAUUUCGACCUGUCUGAUGCCCUUGAUGAUGGGAAUGAUGGAAAAGGAGAUGGAAAAGGAAGUGGGAAGCCUGGCGAAGGCUCGAAAGGUAAAGGUAGCCCUUCACGAGGUGGAAAAUCGGCCAUUUCAGAUGCUGACCUGAGUGGUAUUUUGGACGACGGCUACCACCCUGACAAGAAGAAAGAUGGUGGCGGCGGCAGCAAUGACUAUGACACAGGAACUGUCGCGGAGACUGGGACCAUUGCGGGCAUAGCCAGUGCUCUCGCCAUGGCCCUUAUUGGCGCCGUGUCCAGUUACAUUUCAUACCAGCAGAAGAAGUUUUGCUUCAGCAUACAACAGGGGCUUAACGCAGAGUACGUGAAAGGAGAGAACAUGGAGGCAGUCGUAAGUGAAGAACCUCAAGUUAAAUAUUCAGUCCUAGAAACACAGUCAGCAGAACCACCACCCAAACAAGACAACGCGAAGAUCUAAAGCAUGACCUGGGGCUGGAAAAGAAUCAGUCAGCAGUAAAAACAUACAGACAUUUCACAGGCUUGUAAUUUAGCUUCUUUUUUUUAAAUUUAAUUUGGAUCCACAGCUA